AUGUCCCUCGCCGUCGUCGAUAUCGGCGUCGACUACCUCGACGAGAAGCAGAAAAUCACGAAUUUCUUGGAGAACUAUCUGGGAACAAGCGGGGACUUUGAGGAUGGGUUGGCGCAUAUGGAUCUGGAGGAUGAUGAGGGGCCUGCGGCGAGGUACAGGGGACAUAAAUACAUGUCUCAGCUGCAACGGAUAGCGAACCGCGAGCAGCAGAUGCUGGUCAUCGAGCUCGAGGACAUCUCCAAGUACGAGAAGACCGUCGCUGAGCUAGUGGCGCGCAUCAAGCACAACGUCCGGCGCUACGUCCGGCUUUUCAACGAAGUCGUCGACUCGAUCAUGCCACAGCCCACCAAAGACCUCUCCGAGUCCGACGACGUCAUCGACGUUGUUCUUCAUCAACGCGCCAACCGUAACGCCGAGCUGGAGAGCGAGGACCAGACGCAGAACCUAUUCCCCGCGCAUCUCGUACGGAGAUACAACCUGUACUUCAAACCGCUCCUCUCAGACGUAGCAAUGGCCGUGCGCGACGUCAAAGGCGCCUACCUCGGCAAACUCAUCACCGUCCGCGGCAUCGUCACGCGCGUAUCGGAAGUCAAACCUCUCCUCCUUGUCAACGCCUACACGUGCGACGCAUGCGGCAGCGAAACCUUCCAAGAGAUCUCGAACAAGCAGUUCACGCCGAUCACGGACUGCCAAAAUGAGGCGGAGUGCAAGAAGAAUGGGAUUCAUGGGAGUCUGCAUAUGCAGACCAGGGCGAGCAGGUUUAGUCCGUUCCAGGAGGUCAAGAUUCAGGAGAUGGCAGACCAAGUCCCCGUCGGCCACAUCCCGCGCUCCAUGACCGUCCACGUCUCCGGCAACCUCACCCGCACCGUCUCCCCAGGCGACGUAAUCCACAUUGGCGGCGCCUUCCUGCCCGUCCCCUACACCGGCUUCCAAGCCAUCCGCGCCGGCCUUCUCACAGACACCUACCUCGAAGCGCACCACAUCUACCAACUCAAAAAGCAAUAUACCGAGAUGGAGCUCACGCCCGAAAUCGAAGCGCAGAUCGAGGAGCUCAAGAUGGAUCCGGCGCUGUACAAUAAACUCGCGCAUAGUAUCGCGCCGGAGAUCUAUGGGCAUGUGGACGUUAAGAAGGCGUUGUUGCUUUUGCUUGUGGGCGGUGUGACGAAGACGACGGGGGACGGGAUGAUGAUCAGGGGAGAUUUGAACGUUUGUUUGAUGGGCGAUCCCGGUGUGGCCAAGUCGCAGCUGUUGAAGUACAUCUCGAAGGUGGCGCCGCGGGGGGUGUACACCACCGGCAAGGGUUCGUCAGGCGUCGGUCUGACAGCCGCCGUCAUGCGCGACCCCGUCACGGACGAGAUGGUCCUGGAGGGCGGCGCCCUGGUCCUCGCCGACAACGGCAUCUGCUGCAUCGACGAAUUCGACAAAAUGGAAGACGCAGACCGCACCGCGAUCCACGAAGUAAUGGAGCAACAAACCAUCUCCAUCUCCAAAGCCGGCAUCUCCACCACCCUCAACGCGCGCACCUCCAUCCUCGCCGCGGCCAACCCGCUCUACGGGCGCUACAACACCAAGGUCUCGCCCGUGGAAAACAUCAACCUCCCCGCGGCGCUGCUGUCGCGUUUCGAUUUGAUGUUUUUGAUACUGGAUAAGCCGAGCAGGGCGGACGACGAGAUGCUUGCGCGGCAUGUGACUUAUGUUCAUAUGCACGGCGAACACCCGCAACUCGACUUUGACCCGGUCGAGCCGGGUCUGAUGCGGCACUAUAUCGCCCAAGCGCGCCGCCGUCGUCCAACCGUGCCCGCAGAUGUAUCGCAAUACGUCGUCGACGCUUACGUCCGACUCCGCAAACAAAGCAAAGACGACGAGGCAGCCGGUAAAGCCGAAGGAUACACCUCCGUCCGAACGCUCCUGGGUGUGUUGCGCCUGUCUCAAGCGCUUGCGAGGUUGCGGUUCGCCGAUACGGUGCUGGUGCACGAUGUGGACGAGGCGUUACGGUUGAUGACUGUCUCCAAAGAGUCGCUUGCGGAUGAGGAAGAGGAUGAGGGGCGCGGUGCAGACCGGAGCGAGACGAGCAAGAUAUACCGUGUCAUACGCGAUCUUCUUACAAAGCCGGCUGGUGGGCGGAGGCCGAAGAGGCAACGCAGGAUGGGCAGAGGCCCCGGGAGGGAGAGGGAUAUGGACGUGGAUAGCGAUGCGGAGGAUGAGGAGGAGGAUACGGUUAGCCUCGUUGAUGUCAGGCAGCGUGUGAUUGGGUUGGGCUUCACGGAGGCUGCGCUCAUGAAGACGAUCCUUGAGUAUGAAGAUAUGGACGUGUGGAUGCGGGUCGCGAACAAUACAAAGCUGCGUCUGUUGGACAGCUAG